AUGGUGAGACACGCGGCGCACGCUCCACGGUCUGUUCUCGUCAUCCGUCAGAUCAUCUCCUCGAGAGAAGGGAGAUUGAAAGCGCUGCCGCGAGCCAGCCAGUAACGGAGACCGGGGAAGGCACUGACCCAUUCCGCAUUCCUGCCUUGUCCAAUAACAAGUGAUUUUUGGGGAAUGGAUAUAUUGUUUUGUCAAUUUCGAGAGCUAAAACCUCGGAAUGGCAAACGGUCUUCCAUAACGGAUAUUCAUCUAUUUGUGCCACAUAACAUUCAGACGACAGCGAGAAAGUUAUAGCUUUCUCUUUUCAACCGAAUUGCUUGAAUAAAGACUAGGCUACAGUGGGCUAGAAUUAAAAAGCUCAGGUGUCCAUAAAGAGCCGAGUUUACAGCGUGCGACACCGGCAAAACAGAAGCGCCUGCAGUGUGUUUAUGGAUAGAUAGGGCAUCUUGAAUAGAUUAUUUCAGAUGAUUUAACUUCGUCUAUAUCGGAAUAUCUGCGGGUGUGUUUUCAACUCUACCUGUCAACACUGUUCAUUUCAGACCAGAGGAAAUGUAACAGUGAUUCGCGAGGGACAACGAAAUCACCAACGAUCAAAGGAUUCAUCCAAAACGGUUCAAAAAAUCAAACUGGCAGUUUUAUUGCGGAGUACCAGACGAGAAACCUACAUUCUCCCGGAGACGUCCAAGCAGGAUGGAACUCAAACUGGGAUACUAGACCGGUAGAACAAUCGCCGUCAUGUUUGGAAGAGGUUGUGGUGGUGUAGGUGUCCUCCUUGUCCUAUGUGGGUGGUUGGAGCUCUCCUCUCCCUGUCCCAGAGACUGUAUCUGCUACACCUCUCCCAGCACCGUGUCCUGUCAGGCCCAUAACUUUCUGUCUGUCCCAGAGGAGAUCCCAGCCCAGAGCGAGAGGGUCUUCCUGCAGAACAACAAGAUCCAGCGUCUCCUGCGAGGCCACUUCAGCCCCACCACGGCCAUGCUGUGGCUUUACUCCAACAACAUCUCCUAUAUCCAGGCCUCCACCUUUCACGGCUUUGCCCGCCUGGAGGAGCUGGACCUGGGGGACAACCGUCACCUGAGGGCCCUGGCUUCAGAUACCUUCCAGGGGCUAGGCCGGCUACACGCCCUGCACCUCUACCACUGUGGUCUUCUCAGCCUGCCAUCUGGGAUAUUCGAGGGGCUCAGCAGCCUGCAGUACCUCUAUCUACAGGACAACCAGUUGGAGUUCCUGGAGGAUGAUCUGUUUGUUGACCUGCUGAACCUCAGCCACCUCUUCCUCCAUGGCAACAGGCUAUGGUCUCUCCACCAGAACACCUUCAGGGGUCUGGGGGUGCUGGACCGUCUCUUGCUGCACCAGAACCGUCUGCAGUGGGUCCACCGUCUGGCCUUCCACGACCUGCAUCGCCUCACCACCCUCUACCUGUUCAACAACUCUCUGACUGAGCUGUCUGGGGCCUGCCUGGCUCUGUUGCCUGCUCUAGAGUACCUCAGACUCAACGACAACCUUUGGGAGUGUGACUGCAAGGCCCUGCCGCUGUGGGAUUGGCUGCGAAGGUUCCGGGGCUCCACGUCGUCUCUGGGUUGCGUCUCUCCUCCAGAGCUUCUGGGCCGGGACCUGAAGGAGCUGAGGAAAGAGGACCUACCCAGCUGUUCAGCAGGAGAAGAAACCCAGGGAGGAGGUGUCAAAGGCGGGGAGGCCGAGCUGGGGGAGUCCCUGAAGAAAGAGGAGGACCAUCGACUCCAUCACAGGAACCACAGGCACCACCAUAACCACCACCAGCACCCACACCUCCCACACGGGGAUCAGCACAAUGGGGAUCUGUCCCCCUCGCCCCUACCCCUGCCCAGGCCGCCCAAGGGGAGCCGCAGGAACUGUACCCGUAACAGGGGGCGUAAGGGAAAGGGAGGGGGUCAGGGGGGCUUGAAUGAGGUGCAGACACUGAGGGAGGGGGAGGAGAAGGACAAUGCCCCUGGAGGGGGUAAACACGACCCCUCUGCCCCCACUCGCAGGAGGAACAAGUGUGUCCCUAGGACUUCAGUUGGACCGCCCAGCGGGGUCAAGAGAGCCAAUAGUAAUGCAGCGUCCCGCUCCGCUGGGACUUUUCUCUGUGUCCUAUUGGCUGGGCUGCUGUCACUCACUGCUGUGAUCCUCCUCUGAGACUGAAAGGAGGGUGCUCUAUAUUAACCCCUACAAUACAGUACACACUCCUCUGAAUGUCAGACCCACUUUGGCUCCUGCACUGAGGUGUGUGUGUGUGUGUGUGUGUGUGUGUGUGUGUGUGUGUGUGUGUGUGUGUGUGUGUGUGUGUGUGUGUGUGUGUGUGUGUGUGUGUGUGUGUGUGUGUGUGUGUGUGUGUGUGUGUGUGUGUGUGCGAGUGCGUGUGCGUGUGCGUGUGUUUAAAUGUACUCUGUGUACCUGUAACAUAUGGCAGGGAAGUUCUUUGGGAGUCACAACUGAAACGUAACAGGUUAUCUAUUGCUAUGAUGUCAUAAGGGGGAGUAUGAUGUCAUAAGGGGGAGUAACAGUCUGUCACAUCCAGAGUUCUGAUUGAGUGGUUGAUCAAAUGAACUGAUGAUUUAAGAAUACACCUACUGCUACAGCCAUAUCACCUGAAAGGAUACCUCAGCACAGACAUAUGAUAAGAUGACCCUGACACAGGUUGUUGCCAAACUGUAAAAACAUCCUUAAAAACACGAAUCCACUGGCUUCUGUAAUCCUGUGUUUGUAACCCAUGUAAGUACAGUGUGGUUUGUGUGAACAGUCUCCAUGUCUGUCUUCCCACUUUAAAACAAGCCAGAAAGAGGACAGUGAGAAUGAUGGAAUGAGUAUAUGGAACCCUAGCUGUCCAAUGAAGGGUUGAGAGAGUGGAAAAACUGCUGCUUUAGAUGCAGUCCUCACUCUGGAGAUUUCUGAACUAAAUGAUGGACCUGAAAGACUGAAAAUGAAACACUCGGAUUCUACUGAACUGCUGCUAUGUCUGAGGAGAGAGAGCUCUGGAACUCUCCUCGUCAUUCUGGGACCUUCAAUGUUCUGAAACCUUCAUGGUUCUGGAACCUUUUUCAAUGUUCUGAAACCUUCAUGGUUCUGGAGUCUUCUUCAGGAUUUGGAACACACAAAAACAUGUAAUGGAGAGGUGAUACAGGGACAGAGGUGACAGAGCACCCCCAGCGCUCCUUGAGGACUGGAGAGGUAAUAACACCUUCCCAGACGAGCACAGUCCUACACUCGGGGCUCCAUUCAAUCCGUCCAGCUGAUAUUCAGCGCUAUAUUUCGAUUUAAGUUUAAAGGCAAUGUUAAUGCAUUUGUGGAGACUGCAUUCAUGGUAAACACUGCAUAUGUUGUCUCAAUCAGAAAGGUCUUUACAUUUCAAGCGUGCUAUAGCGCUGAACUUCAGCGAUACAGAUUGAAUUGAGACAUCACCUACAGUACCUAGCUGUCCCCACACUGACUGACCUCCCCUGUAGUAGUGUACCACAACCCUGGUCCUGAAGAGCUACAACCCUGGUCCUGGGGAGCUACAACCCUGGUCCUGGGGAGAUACAACCCUGGUCCUGAAGAGCUACAACCCUGGUCCUGGGGAGAUACAACCCUGGUCCUGGGGAGCUACAACCCUGGUCCUGGGGAGAUACAACCCUGGUCCUGAAGAGCUACAACCCUGGUCCUGGGGAGAUACAACCCUGGUCCUGAAGAGCUACAACCCUGGUCCUGGAGAGAUACAACCCUGGUCCUGGAGAGAUACAACCCUGGUCCUGGGGAGAUAUAAACGGUGUAGGUCUUUGUUCUAGCCCAGCACAACAAACCUAAUUAAACUAAUCCUGUAUUUCUCAAUCUAUUCCUGAGGGACUAACAGGGAGUGCCUGGAAUGAAACUGUACACCCCCUGCUGAGAGUCUAGGACUUGGGUUGGUGGCGGCUGCAGGAGACAUAUUUGUACAGCUGUGAAACCUUGAGAUGAUGCUGUAAAAUGACAGUUGUGUCCUUUCAUUCAUGUGAGGUUGAAUUUUGUAACCACAGAGAAACUGGCACAGUCCUGUCUGUCUGUCUGUCUGUCUGUCCUUCCCUCUGACCCACCAACACUCCCUCUGUCCCACCAACACUCCUUCCCUCUGUCCCACCAACACUCCUUCCCUCUGUCCCACCAACACUCCUUCCCUCUGUCCCACCAACACUCCUUCCCUCUGUCCCACCAACACUCCUUCCCUCUGUCCCACCAACACUCCUUCCCUCUGUCCCACCAACACUCCUUCCCUCUGUCCCACCAACACUCCUUCCCUCUGUCCCACCAACACUCCUUCCCUCUGUCCCACCAACACUCCUUCCCUCUGUCCCACCAACACUCCUUCCCUCUGUCCCACCAA